CGGCCUAGCUGUGCAAGCGGUGGCUGCCAUCCUCGGACGCCAUGAGCCACCACCACCCGUCGGGUCUCCGGGCGAGCAUCGCCUCCACUUCAUACCGCCGCACCUUUGGGCCACCGCCCUCCUUGUCCCCCGGGGCCUUCUCCUACUCCUCCAGCUCCCGCUUCUCCAGCAGCCGCCUGCUGGGCUCUGCGUCCCCGGGCUCCACAGUGCGCCUGGGCAGUUUCCGUGCCCCUCGGGCGGGUGCUUUGCGACUGCCCUCGGAGCGCCUCGACUUUUCCAUGGCCGAGGCCCUUAACCAGGAGUUCCUGGCCACGCGCAGCAACGAGAAGCAAGAGCUGCAGGAGCUCAACGAUCGUUUUGCCAACUUCAUCGAGAAGGUGCGCUUCCUGGAGCAGCAGAACGCGGCCCUGCGGGGUGAACUGAACCAGGCCCGGGGCCAGGAGCCGGCGCGCGCCGACCAGCUGUGCCAGCAGGAGCUGCGGGAGCUGCGGCGCGAGCUGGAGCUGCUGGGCCGCGAGCGCGAUCGGGUGCAGGUGGAGCGCGAUGGGCUGGCGGAGGACCUGGCGGCGCUCAAGCAGAGGUUGGAGGACGAAAUGCGCAAGCGGGAGGAUGCGGAACACAACCUGGUGCUCUUCCGUAAGGACGUGGACGACGCCACCCUGUCUCGCCUGGAACUGGAGCGCAAGAUUGAAUCCCUGAUGGAUGAAAUUGAGUUCCUCAAAAAGCUGCACGAGGAGGAGCUUCGAGACCUGCAAGUGAGCGUGGAGAGUCAGCAGGUGCAGCAGCAGGUCGAGGUCGAGGCGAUGGUGAAGCCGGAACUGACAGCGGCGCUGCGGGAUAUUCGUGCUCAGUACGAGAGCAUAGCGGCGAAGAAUUUACAGGAGGCCGAAGAGUGGUAUAAAUCCAAGUACGCGGACCUAUCCGACGCCGCCAACAGGAACCACGAGGCCCUGCGCCAGGCCAAGCAGGAGAUGAAUGAAUCUCGACGCCAGAUCCAGAGCCUGACGUGCGAGGUGGAUGGGCUGCGGGGCACGAACGAGGCGCUGCUCAGACAGCUGCGGGAGCUGGAGGAGCAGUUCGCCCUGGAGGCGGGUGGGUACCAGGCGGGAGCCGCACGCCUGGAGGAGGAGCUGCGGCAGCUGAAGGAGGAGAUGGCCCGGCACCUGCGCGAGUAUCAGGAGCUCCUGAAUGUCAAGAUGGCCCUGGACAUCGAGAUCGCCACCUACCGGAAGCUGCUGGAGGGUGAAGAGAGCCGGAUCUCGGUUCCCAUCCAUUCCUUUGCUUCGUUUAGUUUAAAGACUACUGUGCCUGAGGUGGAGACUCUCCAGGACAGCCAUAGCCGCAAGAUGGUUCUGAUCAGGACCAUUGAGACCCGGGAUGGAGAGCAGGUGGUGACAGAGUCCCAGAAGGAACAGCAUAAUGAGCUGGACAAGUCUUCUACUCACAGCUACUGAGCCUGUUGGUGGAGAGCGCUCUGACCCUGCCCAAAGCCUACUUAAAGCCCAAACCCUAGCACUAGUCCUAAAUUAGUGCCCUUCCUUCUGCAUGUGUUUAUGAGGUGGUAUCAGACCUCCCUGGCCCCUGGCCUAUAGCCAAGUCCUAUUUGGCCAGCAGUAGCUGGGCCUUUCCCUGCCCUGAUAUAUAGGUGUGACAUGUAUGCUUUCCUUUCUGUGUCCUGGUAAGAGGCCCCUGAGCCCCCAGGAUGACUGUGCUCCAGAUGGAUCCCAUGAUCAGCAGGCUGGGCCAUGGUCUGAGUUUCACUAUGGAGUCAAAUA